UAACUAAUUCAUCAGGAGGGAGCCUAGGACCGGGUAAACCUGACCCUGAUAACAAAUUUACGAAAUGAAACUGGAGAGAGACGUUAGAUGGAUGCGGCAUGCAGCAGAGGAUAGCAGUCGAUCGAUCGUCAGUUGCACAAAUUGAGGAAAGCAGGCCAAAAAUGGCGCAGGAUCUUAUCAGUCGACAAGUGAUCGACAGCUGCUGCACUCGUCACUUCCCACUCCUGCUACCCGCUACUUCCGCUCGCUCCGCCGUCUCCGGACAUCUGCGCGCGGCAGCAAAUCUUUGUGAAUGGGUGGCUACAUGCCGGAGGGCGGCGGCGGCCGUGCCGCCCGCGCAGGACGGUACCCGCCUCUCGCCUCCCUCGUCGUCUCCACCAUCGCCGCCUUCUCCGCCGUCAUCGUCAUCGCCGUCCUCCACUCGGCGUACGACGACGCUCUGUCCCGGACGCGGACGCUGCUGGGGCACAACCUGGAGCCGACGCCGUGGCACCCGUUCCCGCACGACAAGGGCCGCCCGCCGCCGCGCGCCGCGCUCCGGUGCGCCUCCUACCUCGCCUGCCUCCCGCCGCUCUCGCAGCCGCGGCCGGCUGCGGCGGCGCUGGCACCCAACAACGCGUCGACGAGGCCGCGGCGGCAGUGCCCGUCCUACUUCUCCGCCAUCCACCGCGACCUCGCGCCCUGGAAGCGCCGCGCCGAUGGCGUUGGCGGCGUCACGCGCGCUCUGCUCGAGUCAGCCCGCGCCAGGGCAUCCAUGCGCGUCACCAUCACCGGCGGCGGGACGAGGCUGCACGUGGACCUCUACUACGCGUGCGUGCAGAGCCGCGCGCUCUUCACGGUGUGGAGCCUCCUGCAGCUGAUGCGGCGGCACCCCGGCCGCGUCCCGGACGUGGACCUCAUGUUCGACUGCAUGGACCGCCCCGCCAUCAACCGCACCGAGCACAGCGGCGAGGGCGCGCCCCCGCCGCCGCCGCUGUUCCGGUACUGCACCACCCGCGACCACUUCGACAUCCCGUUCCCGGACUGGUCCUUCUGGGGCUGGCCGGAGACGCACAUCGAGCCGUGGAGCCGCGAGUUCAAGAGCAUCAGGCAGGGCGCCAAGAAGGUGCGGUGGCCGGACCGGGUGCCCACCGCGUACUGGAAGGGCAACCCGGACGUGGCCUCGCCGCUCCGAAUGGCCCUCCUCGCCUGCAACGACACCAACCUCUGGCGAGCCGAGAUCAUGCGCCAGAACUGGGACGAGGAGGCGAGGUCCGGGUACCAGAACUCGAAGCUGUCGAGCCAGUGCACGCACCGGUACAAGAUCUACGCGGAGGGGUUCGCGUGGUCGGUGAGCCUGAAAUACAUCCUCUCCUGCGGCUCCACGGCGCUGCUGAUCGACCCGCUGUACCAGGACUUCUUCAGCCGGGGGCUGGAGCCGCGGGUGAACCACCUGCCGGUGAGCACCGUCGGGAUGUGCGAGUCCAUCCGGGACGCCGUGGAGUGGGGCAACGCGCACCCGGACGAGGCGGAGCGCGUCGGGCGGCGCGGGCAGCGGCUGAUGCAGGACCUGGCCAUGGACGCCGUCUACGACUACAUGCUGCACCUGCUCACCGAGUACGCCAAGCUGCAGGACUUCCGGCCGGCGCCGCCGCCCACGGCGCAGGAGGCCUGCGUCGGCUCCGUGCUCUGCCUCGCCGACGCGCACCAGAGGAGGUUCCUCGAGGCGUCCGCCGCGUCGCCGGCAACUGCCGAGCCGUGCUCCAUGCCUCCCGACGUCUGACUGAUCAAAGCCCGCCAAGCUGCGAUCGGAGUGGAGUGAACAUUCCUUGUGUCCAGCGUAAAGUGCAUGGCCGUGCUUGGACUUGUACACGUUCGUACGUGGGCGAUGCUCAUUGGGAGGUUAGGGAUGGAUGCAGCGAUAGAGGAAUUAGUUUAGUGGUCUCGGCGCGUCUCAAUUUUGAUGCCGAUUUUUUUGUGAACUAGUGUUGAUCGAUCUCUAAUAAAGAAAAUUUGAUUA